AAAUACAUUUUACAGAGCAAAGGAGUCUACGCCGUACCCAGACUCAUUCUCUUUACUUCGGAACUCGCUCAUUACUCCACAAAGAAGAUGACUGCUUUCAUGGGCAUCGGAACCGACAAUUGUGUUUUGGUGAAAACAGAUGAAUUCGGCAAAAUGGAUGCAAACGAUUUGGAAAUGAAAAUUGAAAAGGCGAUAGAGGAUGGAGCGACGCCGUUCCUGGUUACUGCCACAGCGGGGACUACCGUUUUCGGAGCGUUCGAUCCUUUGUUACCUAUUUCGGCUUUGUGCAAAAAAUAUAAUCUGUGGUUACACGUCGACGCUGCCUGGGGCGGCGGCGCUCUUAUGUCGAAGAAAUACAAACAUUUAUUGAAUGGCAUUGAAUUGGCGGACUCAGUGACGUGGAAUCCUCACAAGCUCUUGGCGGCGCCGCAACAAUGCUCCACGUUCCUAAUUAGACACAAGAACGUCCUCAAAGAAGGUCACUCAUGCAACGCCAAGUAUCUUUUCCAGAAGGACAAAUUCUACGACACUUCGUACGACACCGGCGACAAACACAUACAAUGCGGCCGCAGGGCAGACGUCCUCAAGUACUGGUUCAUGUGGAAGGCAAAGGGAAGCGAGGGCUUCGAAAAGCACAUCGAUACUGUAUUCGACAACGCUCGCUACUUCCUAGAACUGAUUCGACAGCGCGACGGCUUCCGACUGGUCCUCGAGAACCCUGAGUGCACCAACGUGAUGUUCUGGUACGUGCCGACCUGCCUCCGAGGCUGUGAAAACGAGCCAGAUUACAAAGAAAGGCUCCAUAAGGUCGCACCGAAAAUAAAAGAGCGAAUGAUAAAGGAAGGAAGUAUGAUGGUCACAUAUCAGCCGCAGGGCGACCUCGUCAACUUCUUCCGUAUCGUAUUUCAAAAUUCAGCUCUGGACCAUAAGGAUAUGGUAUAUUUUGCCAACGAGUUUGAUCGACUUGGCAGGGAUAUUAUCGUUUAAAUGUUAUGUUAUGUUAAACGUAAAUUAUUCAAUGCAACUCGUACAAAUAUUGCAUCAUAUUAUAACAACCUGUGAUUAUAAUUUUAAAUGAAACUUAGGAAGCGCUCGAGUAUAUGAGAAUAAAAAGUUACAAUCUGGCUUCCUUCUCGGUGAGGUAAAAUAACAUUAAACUCAUAUUUCAGUUUAGAUGCUAUUACAAUCUAGAGAACACAGCAACUAAGAUAAUAUGUCGAAGAGUUUUAUUUCUGAUCAAAAGUUUAGAUUGAAACUAUAACCAGUAUCUAAGUAUCUUAUAAAAAAACAGUAGAUUCACUCGUCCAUUCUUCCUUCGUAACUUUUUUUCUACAUUAUAUAGAACGCUACUUUAUAUUUUUUUGGAUAUUAAUCAAACAUGUAAUAUUCAAAUGUAGUUUAGUACAAUUUGUUGUAAUUAAAAAACGUGUUAAAACAAUACAAAUGUAAAUAAAUUAUGUUAUAAAACACAA